GGUACGUACAAGUCUAGGGCGACCACACUUUUGUCAAGGACAUUACAUGAUUGUUGAUGAUGUGAAUUAUAUUAUGUGGAUUCAUAUAUGCUUUGGUGAACGAUCAUGUGGAUUAAUAUUAUUGGAAUUAUUGAAUUGUUGGUUGAACAAGAAUGUUGAGUUUAUUAUGAGUAUGGAUUUCAUUUUCAAUCAUAUUGUUCAAUAUUUAUGCAUGUAUGGUUUGUUUCACAUGCAAGGGAUGGAUUAUUUAUUUGUAUGCUAUUGUACGGGAUGUUGUGAGGGGGUCGAAAAAGCGCGAGGCUAAUGCGUGACCUUGUCCCUUGUGGGUGUGACGAUUCUUUUUUAUUCAAGUGUAAUUGGAUUUCCUGUGAGUAUACACCCAAUUGACUAGUAAUAUAGGAGUCGCCAUUCAGUUUUUAACGACAAUGAGAAAAACUGACAAAACCCGGUUAUCGUGACAUAAAGGGAGUGCAAUUAUGUUUGACCACGACGGCCGUAGGUUCCCUUGUGAUCCCUGGUGUGGGGAUCUCUCAAUAUACACCCGCAAGGUAGAGAUUGAGGGUUCGGGGGACUGUAACUACCGAGAGGAGUAAUUCGCUCGUCGAUAACUCCAGAGGCAGGAUAUCCUUACUAGCUCAGCAUAAAUAAUUGAAGGGGCAUGCGUUAACUAUUAAACUAAUCUGAGUUGAUUUUAGCAAUAUGCAACAUAUAAUACUAAUUCGAUCGUGAUUAUCUGAUUUAAAUAGCAUUAAGGGACCUAGCAUGAUAAUCCGAUUUCCCAAAAAUAUUAUAUUUGUUAGGCGUGAUAGAACAUUCAGAUUAGGGGUUAGUUUAACAGUUCAUAAAAAGGGCGAGGAAAGCAGUUAAAUCAUCGAAAAGGGACACAUUACGACGCACCCUUGAGAGGUGCGUCACGGUUCUCAGAAAACUAACCACUUUGACUUUGCUAUUUCUCCUUUUUAUUUAACGAAUCUCAAUUAUGGGACAGGAUACGUUCUGUUCAAUUUAUGGAUCGAUUGCGACAGAACGCGUGAACAGUUUCGCAGCGAGAGGCUUAGGCUAAGGGUUGGAGUCAAUACUCAGAAUAUAGUUAUGUGUUGUUGUGUGUUCUUUCACGUCGAAACUAGGGGCCUAUUUAUAGGGAAGAGUUCGUGGAAAGAUAGAAUUGCAGAGUUCUAAUCCACAAAGAAUUAGGAAAAGAGACGUACUCAGGUAUUUUCAGCGCCCAGAGCCAGGCGUUGAAAAUAGGGUCUGGGCAGUUUUGUUUAGUCAGAUUCGGAUUCCUAAAAUCCGUAGAGUUUGAGAUUAAUUUGAGUCUUUUAGCGCGUAUCAAUUUUAUGACGGAAUGCGUCUGGGCCCGUUACGAACUCUAGGUUCGUUAGGAUUUUAAUUAAUGGAAAAAUUGAUAUUAUCGGUCCCAACUAUGGCCGAUUUACUUUAAAAGGUCCCAACUUUUGAUUAUGUCAGGGUGGUCCCAACUAUAGAGAGUGUUUUCCAAAAAUGGUCCCUUAGUUAAAAUUAAGUGCUAAAUAACUUAAUUAACACUCAUAUCUCUCGUGCAAUAAUCAUAUUUUAUAAUUAAAUGAAGUAAAUGGAACAGUAUGAUAUGCUUAAAUCAACUUAAUUAAUAGUUUAAUAAACCAAAGGACCAUUCUUGGAAAACACACCUUAAAGUUGAGACCACUCUAGAAUAAUCAAAAGUUGAGACCUUUAAAAGUUAAACGGCCAUAGUUGGAACUGUCAAUAUCAAUUUUUCCUUAAUUAAUACGUAACUCCUAUUUCCGAAUCCUAUUAGGAAUAGGAUUCUUGCGGUUUUCUAUCUCAUUUAGGAUUUAUGUUGGAGUGCAACGCCUAAUUCUGACAGGUUUCUAUCUUUUAUGAUUUGCCACUUUUAGACGCUACCUUUUACAGCAGUUACUAUUUUGAGCAGGUUUCCAUAAACAGCAGGUUUCGGGUGAAAUGAAAUGGGGAAUCGAGAUUCGUUUAUUUUAUAGGAGAUGCGUUGUCAAGUGGAGUUUUUAUGCUUUCAUCAUCGAACCUUUCCCUUGCGGGAAUGGGGACAAAAGUAGGUGUCUACAGUUAGCCCCCACUUUGACUGAGUCUUGGAGUAAGACGAUGGUCAAAGUAUUAGACGGAGUGCGUCACACAAGCCAUGGUGUAUGUGACCUGUUUUGCGAGGGUCUCACGAGCCCCCGAGUGAUAACAUUUGACUUAAGGGUCAUCACUUGAAGUGUCGACAUAUCCCUCACGCGUCAUCAGGAUUUGUCAACUGAUAGUAUAGAAACUUCCUCCCUUUGUCAUUGGAAGGAUCUAAAGGUGCGUAGAAACUCCCUCACUUUGUCAUUGGGAGUAGCUAUAGAUGUUUUCGAAAUUAAAGCUGUAAAGUGUAAUUGGGCCUGGCCAAGCCCAAUCACGAGGUAAAACGUUUUUAAAGAUUCUCAUUUUCAGGGCUAGCUAAACGAGAAAACCCCCUUGUUUUUAUAGGACGUAAAACAAAGGAAAAUCCGGUAUAUCGUUCUUUUUUGGAAAAACGGAAAACCAAUCCUUUAAUUUUUGGGAAAAGGGAAAACCAAUCCUUUAAUUUUUGGAAAAAGGGAAAACCAAUCCUUUAAUUUUUGGAAAAAGGGAAAACCAAUCCUUUAAUUUUUGGAAAAAGGGAAAACCAAAAAAGGUUAUCGCUGCAGCGAUUAAGGACCUGCGCGGUUAGUGACGCAGACCCCGCCCGCUGAAGGUGGGCGAGCCUGUCCGCUGAGGGUGGACGCCCCGUCCGAUAGAAGUGGACGAAUCUGUUUUGAUGUUUUGAAAAUAAGGACCUACGCGGUUUGUGGCGUAGACCCCGCCGGCUGAAGAUGGCAAACCUGUCCGCUGAGGGUGGAUGCCCCGUCCGAUAGAAGUGGACGAAUCUGUUUUGAAAUUUAUUUUGCUUUUUCGAAAAUAAGGACCUACGUGGUUUGCGCCGUAGACCCCGCCGGCUGAAGAUGGCGAGCCUAUUUUAAAUUUGAAGAUUUCAUUUCUUUCGAAAACUGAGGACAUGCGCGGCUUAGUGACGCAGACCCCGCCCGCUGAGGGUGGGCGAGCCAUUUUUGAAUUUCUUAUUUUGCCUAUGUAGAAGGGCUUUUGGGAUUACAACCUGUUGGUGGGUCGUAAUAUUUCCUGAUUAGAUGUGUCCUAUGAGUGGGUCCACACUGCGUAUAUUUUUGUUUAACAAUAUUUUUUUGAGAUAUCCAAACAUGAUAUGGUGUGUGGCGCAGUCUAGGAAUGUGAUUUUGAUUGCGCGCCCCUCGUUGGAGUUUAUUUUUUCGUGAGCCCCCAAGCAUUGGGGCUCAUCGGUUGUUUUUUUGCAUGUUGUAAUCAUGUUUGGGGUCACGCUCGUAUGUGCGAGCGACCUCCUAUAGUAGUGUGCUAUUUUAGCGAAGCCGUGGAGUGCGACUUCAGUUUUCAGGCGACAUCCGGUUUUGGCUUGGCCCGGAUUAAUCCUUUGAAAGACAAACAUUUUUUAUUUGGAAAACCAAUGACUUGACGACACAUAUUUUUGGUGUUUCGAAGAAUGACCAUGAUGUUUAACUUGCUUUUUUUUUUGAAAAGUGUACAUGAGACGGGUCUAAGUUUCGACCAAGUUUUAAUGUUAUUAUUUUUUUUUUUGCUUAUUUGGGAGCUAAAGGUGCUUUGGGCUUGUUCUUACUUGCAAUAGGGCCUCGUGUUUUAGCAACACGGUCUUAAGUCCUUUCCUAUUCCGUGUUUUGUGAAAUCUGGGCCUUGGGCUGCAUUUUCAGCGCCCAAGAUCAGGCGUUAAACAUUUCGGCGCCCAGGGGUGGGCGCUGAAAGUUCUUUCCUGGUAAUAUUUGAUUUUCGGAUUUCUAAACACGUUUCCGAAUGGGAUCAGGAUGUUAUUGGGUGCGUUCAGCUAUAUAUGUCCUUAUUUUCCAUCACUCUAAAAUUCUUUCUCUCUUUUUGCUGUGCUCUAAUUAUUUACUGCUUUUGCCAUGUCGAUCCCUACUUUCUCACUCCAACGGACUGUUAGGCGUUGGCUACGAGCCCUUACUCCCACAGAAAAAGCUUUGUUAAAAGAAUACCACUUAGAGACAUUUUUAGGCUUACAACAAAUUAAUAUUGAUUAUAAUUUUCUGCAUGCUGCCCUAAGCUUUUGGGACUCCGAUCAUCAUGUUUUUUCUUUUUUUGGCAAUGAAAUAUGUCCUUUGCCUGAUGAAUUUGCUGCGAUCCUUGGUUAUCCUACUAAUGCUACUCCUGUUACCCCUGGCACUAUUGAAGAGGGUAAAACAACCAUAAGGGCUUUCCUAGGUCUAGAUGAUAACAUGUUUGCUGAAAUUGUUGUAGAUGAUAAGGUUAACUUGGCGAAACUUGUAAAACAUCACUUUAGGCCUAGUAAGAAUAUGACCGAACAAAAAUUGAACAUUCGAGCCCUUGUAUUUUGUUGGCUGAAUCAUUACUUGCUGUCGAAUAAUAAUGGUGAGUUCGGUGACAUAAGGUUGAUCCCCUUGAUUAGCCAGAUGGAAAGUUGCUAUUCUAUUAUGCCGUUGGUUGUUGCUGAGACUUUGCUGAAUGCGGAUGAACUGAAGAAGGGCGCCAAAUCUGAAUAUUUUAAGGGGAGUCCCCUAUUGCUGCAGAUUUGGCUUGCGGAACGGCUUAGACUUUUGGAAGCUCCUGCGAUCCUAAACAUUAUCGCCCUAUAGCUUUGGGUAACCGAAAAUACUUGUACCAAGGCCAGGACGAGGCCGAAUGGACCUCCUUUUUUACUUAUGGCAUUUGUUCUAUUAAGUGGGUGGUACCAUGGUGGGGUUUGACUACUAUGACAGGGGGGUCUGAUGUAUCGGUUAAUGUUUCUUUGUUGGGGCUAUCUCGUCCCAUUUAUAUUUUCCCUUACCGAGUUAUGCGUCAAUAUGGUUUAAGGCAGACUAUCCCCUUUUCUGAUACGGUACCACCUAAGGUAGCGACCUUUGCACAAACACGGGUCCUAGCGUGGGCCAAGUAUUAUGAUGGUCUCCCGCGUUGGGCCGUAGCUACAAAUGGGUUUGUGGGUCUUUCUGAAAACUAUAAGUUGUGGAUGAGUUCCGAUGACAAAGAUGUGAGGAUCGAGGCUCGUAAUGGGGAGCCGGCUGAGCUUUUGAUACCUCAUAUUCGUGUUUAGUACGAGGGUCAUGAUUCUGCCAGACCUCGUACCUAUAGUUUUAAGACUGUGAAAGCUCGUCCUGAUCGAAAGCGAAAGGAAGUUCUUCCCCGUUCCAGUGUCAGGCCUAAAAAGAUGCCUAACAUGAAGGGGCCUGCUGUUGUUAAAAGAAAUGCAAGCUCUCGCGGAGAUCGUCGCCAGAACAAUGUAUGGGUUAGGAAGGUUCAGCCGCCUGUAGAAAUAGUGGCUAGUCCAGUUGAUGAUAGUAAUCCUUCUCCCACCAUUGCCUGUGCCUUCGAGGCUGAGCGGGCUAUAAUCGAGAAUGUUUCUGAAGCCUUGACAUCUUUGGAAGUUAGUGUCCAGGAGCCGAUUCUUAUGGAGAUUGAUAUUGGGGCUGCGCAGAAGACUGUGGGGGUGGAUCCUGCGAACAUUGCUCUCUACAAGACAUUAUUUGAUGAUCCGGAAGAACUAGAGUAGUGUAGUUCUUGCUAGGGUGUAGGUGCCCUUUUAUUUAUUUCAGUUGUGUUUGUUUUUAUUCCUAGCACUUUGUUUUCCUUCUUAUUAUAUUUUAAUAAAGGCAUAUUUUUAGUUUCCAUU